CGGGGACCGCCGAGUCAAACAGGUGGUCGCCAGACCCCAGCACACAGUCAAGUCGCACCACCCCGGCGCUCCCAGGCUCGCAUCACCCCGGCAUGGCGUCCACCUCCACGGCGAGAUGUCUCCUGGGCCUCGUCGGCGUCCUCUGGUGCUGUCUCGCAGCGGCCGCGGCGCUGCCGGUGCAGAAUGAGCCCGUGAGAGACGGACCCUACAGGGAGUUCAAAGGAGAGAGUAACAUUGAGCCUGAUGAUGUCAUACGCCAUCUUGAUUCUAUCGGCGGCGACCACCUGCUGAGGAGCCUGCAGCGCCUAGGAGCGGCGGGACUGCUGAGGCGCGCCGGCAGGAGCGGCUCCUUGGACUCCCUGUCCGGGGUCACCUUCGGCGGCAACAAGCGCUACGACCCGCUCAGUGGGAAAGGCUUCGGCUCUCAGAAGAGGAACUUCGACGAGAUCGACCGCACCGGGUUCAACAGCUUCGUGAAGAAGAACUUCGACGAGAUCGAUCGCUCCGGUUUCGACAGCUUCGUGAAGAAGAACUUCGACGAGAUCGACCGGGCCGGUUUCGGCGGCUUCGUGAAGCGGGGCGACCCCUGGCUGCCUGGCCGCUACUACGAGGAGGCCCACUAGGCCCCGGCUGGAACCAGUCACAACAGUCGCCGUUCCCGCUGUCCUUGCCUUCGCUGUCGGUCCUAGGGAUGGCGACACUGUUUCCACGUAUCGAUAUAUCGCUCUUGAUGCAUCGUUCGAAUAGUAUCGAUACCGUUAAAAUAUCUUCUUUUGAAAAUAUCGAUAAUGUUACCUAUUGUUUCGGGUUAUGAUACUACCGAAACUUUUACCCUUGUUUUUCUUAAUACAAAAUUAUAAAUUAUAAUCUGUAAUGUUGAAUUCUUGACGUAUUUAAGCUUUUAUAAUGAAGAUAUCUAAAAUUAGUUUAGCUCUUACUAGCAAAAUAUUUCAAUUUGAGAAUUUUCCAAAUUUUAAUUAUUCGUUAUUGUUUUUAAAUUUUAUUCCGAUGUUAUCGGAACGAAGUAUCGAUGGAAAAAAUAUAUCGAUGCCAAAAUUUCGAAUAUAUAAACGAUAUUUAUUGAUAUAGCGAUAUAUUGUUGCCAUUCCUAUUUGGUUCUUGUUUUCCUUGUUCCAAUAUCCCUGAAGUAGACCCACAGGAUAAUAACACAUUGAGGUUUCUAUACAUAACGUGUCUUAAGCUGUUUCGAUGUACCUAAAAAUUGACUCUCCAUACCUGCAGUACAUUUUGUACUUUCCAUGAAAAAUAAGUACCUAUAUAAAAUUGAAUUCGUGAAAGUGUGACAUAAUAUCUUCACCUAGCAAUAAGUUUUUAUAUUGCUUUAUAUAUUGCAAACCAAAUUAAAUACAUUAUAUUUGGCCAUAAUCUUAUGUCAAACCAUCGGUCUGUAUAUGCUACAACUGUAUAGAGAAAUUUUUUUCUUAUUAAUUCCGUUUGUACUUUAAAUAAUUUAACGAAAUUGCUUAAACUUAGUUAAUUCAUUUUAUUGACACUAGUGUUUGUCAAUCUGUACUAGCAAAAUCUCAUUAUUUUCAUCAUUUAAUUACUUAUAUUAACAAAUGUUCAGUAUAAAGUUGCUCUGAUAACGAAUGUAUCAAAGUUUUCACAAAUUCAAAUGAAUAACAUAGAUAAAAGCCCGAACUUUUAAAAGAAAAGUACAACUGUUGUCAUUAAUGUAAUUUAGCUAUGCAAAAUUAAAGUGGGAUGUUAAUUUUUUCAGAUAAUAAUGCAAAUUUUUGUACAGUAGUUAUAAAACAUGCUCCAUUAUUGAUAUUGUGUGUAUAUUUUAUGGUGUUAAAUAAAAUUGCUUAACAAUUUGUG